AUGACAAUCUUUGUUCAUGAAUUUAAUGCAAGAAUUAUUGCGCUGUUCAAGAUAACAACCGCAUUACGAAAAAGAUCACAAAAUGAAAGAUCGUACGAUGUAUUAAUGGGAAUUUUACCGUUUUCAUCCGAAUUUGUUGCUGAUAAUUGGAAUUGGUAUACGUAUCAGUAUUAUAUUCAAGGUAAAGAUUAUACUGGAGUGGAGCAUUCAAAAAGUCAGAAAGUCAGGG